AUGGCUGCGGGACGCGCCCUGGCAAGGCCGCCUUCGGGGGGGCCGCUGCGGGGCGCCGCGGCAGCGCGGGCUGCCGCUGACAACCUGGUCAAGCGUCUUUCGAAGGAACUCGAGGAGGCGCGGAAGGAGUGCCAGCUCCUGCAGGACGCUUUCGCGUCGGCCAUCGCGGACGGGGACAUCGGCGACAGGGUCCUGGCGCUGGUCCCCGCGCUGAGCGACCUGGUCAAUGGCCGCAGGCCCUUGGGUUUGCGCCGACUGCGGAGGAACGUGGCGCUCCACGCGGUGGCAGAGGACAUCGACAGCAUCGCCACGGCUGGCGGGCCGUCCUUGAGGCGUGCGGCCAAAGGGGCCAGGCUGGACAACCUGGUGGCGUUCAGGGAGCCUCCCGUGGAGUGCAUCGUCGAGGCGUGCUGCGCCGAGGUGGGCGCGCUGCUGCAGGCGCUGGCUGCGGCUGCUCCCGUGUGCGGGGCCCACCCCCCCGACACGGUGCACGCUGAGGGUGGGGGCGCGCCUGCUGACCUGCAGCCCGUAGCGCUGCUGAAGCAGCAGGAGAUGCCACCUGUGCCGCUGGCCGCGGCGCCGAGCCUGGACGGGUCCGUUUGCGCCGACGGCGAGGUGGAGGCCGAGCUUCCUCAUGUAGAUGGAACGCAUGAAGGUUCGGCCGUCUUCGAGGUCGACGACGGCUUCGCAGAUUCUUUCGUCUUCGACGGUCGGGACUGCGAGAGCAGUGCUGAGCUCGAGGAUGAGGCAGAGGACGAGCGGUUGCUCCGGGACCUCGAGCAGUUCCUAGAUGACCAGGCCGAGCACUACGAGUUGCUGGAGGAUGCUGGGGCGGAGCAGCAUGUCCUCGAUGCUCAGCGGGCGGCCGUGGAGGAAACCUCUGCGGCCCUGGAG